UCUAGAUCUCAGUAACUAUCUACUCCACUUCACUCUUUCAUCCCAAGAGAUCAUCUCUCUUCCUGCUUUCAACCAAAUCACUCCGUGAUAAUACUCACACCCUCCCUCUACUACCCCAAGCUCACCUUCCCCUCUACCAUCCACCAUGCAGGCUGCCCAGCAGUCCUGGGAAUUCGAGAAUGCCGUCACCCUCAUAGACCCCCACCGCGACGCGCUCUACCAAUACGAUGAAGAAACCCACAAAGCACUCAGCGCUCAGCGCCCCUGGUCCAAAGACCCGCACUACUUUAAAUCGAUCCGAAUCUCCGCCGUCGCACUGCUGAAGAUGGUAAUGCACGCGCGGUCAGGCGGCUCCCUGGAAGUAAUGGGUCUCAUGCAAGGCUACAUCCUCCCCGAAACCUUCGUGGUAACCGAUGCCUUCCGCCUGCCCGUCGAGGGAACCGAAACGCGAGUCAACGCGCAAGACGAAGCCAACGAAUACAUGGUCUCAUACCUACAAUCAUGCCGGGACGCAGGACGGAUGGAGAACGCAGUGGGCUGGUACCACAGUCACCCCGGGUACGGAUGCUGGCUAUCCGGUAUCGAUGUGACGACGCAGGAUAUGCAGCAGCUCGGAGGGCCGUUUGUGGCCGUGGUGGUUGAUCCGGAGAGGACGAUUUCGGCAGGGAAGGUGGACAUUGGGGCGUUCAGGACGUUUCCGAAGGAUUACACCCUGCCGAAGGGGGAGGGAAGUGGUGCUGGAGGCGGAGAGGAUGAGUACCAGACGGUGCCGUUGAACAAGGCGGAGGAUUUCGGGGCGCAUGCGUCGCAUUAUUAUUCGCUGGAGGUGUCGGUGUUUAAGAGUGCGUUGGAUACGGAGAUUCUGUCGUUGCUGUGGAAUAAGUAUUGGGUUGCGACGUUGAGUCAGAGUCCGUUGUUUACGACGAGGGACUAUGGGAGUAAGCAGAUGGUGGAUUUGAGUCAGAAGAUUAAGCGGGCGACGAGAGGCGUGGAGAGUAGUGCUUCGCGGGGAAAUCUGGCGCAGGUUAAGGAUCCGCAGCUGGAGAGGGUGGCCAGAGAUGGGCAGCGGAUUGUGUCUGAGGAGGUGAAAGGGUUGUUGGCGGCGGAGGUGAAGAUGAAGCUGUUUCAAAAUAUUGGGGAGGGCCAUAAAUCGGAGACAUCAUGAGCUCGUGCUCAAGUAUUGUUGUUAUGAGAGGCUCAUGAAGGUUCAUUUGAGAACAUUUCUACUAUGAAUGACGAGAUGACUUAAUG